UCAAAUUAAAUGUGGUAUAUGAUGGUGCAGUGAUCUAUAGGCCUAUAAAUGUCGAUCGUUACAGAGUAAUCACAUUACUGUACCGCGUCACCGCCUCCAUUCACCUCCAGCUGUUGCACGCUGAACUGGGGGCGUGUUGCUUGUUGCUCUCACUCUCUCCCUCUCUCCACCAUUAAUGCCCCUGCCCUCUCGACCGCUCUCAACCUUUGGCACGGGAUUUGGUCUAGUUAAACUACAGUAAACUUUGAAGCCUGUCUACCUCUACAGCAUUAACCAUGGCGCUUCAAGCGAGAGCUCUGGUCACCUCUAAAUGGCUCGCAGAGGCUGUGAAGGUGCAGGCGAAAGUGCGCAUCCUGGACACGUCUUGGUAUUUGCCCAAACUGAAGCGCAACGCCAAGAGCGAGUUCAAAAAGAGGCACAUACCAGGUGCGGCUUUCUUUGACAUAGACCAGUGCUGUGAUAAAACCUCUCCUCUGGACCACAUGCUGCCGCCAGAGAGGAUUUUCGCAGAUUAUGCUGGAAAUUUGGGAAUAGAGAGCGACACGCACGUCGUGGUGUACGACGCCAGUGAGUUCGGCGCGUUCUCGGCGCCCCGUGUGUGGUGGAUGUUCCGGGUGUUCGGGCACAGCGCGGUCUCGCUGCUCAACGGGGGGCUCAGGAACUGGGAGCUGGAGGGUCGACCUGUGUAUGACAAAUACGUCAGACCAGCACCGACCGAGUUCAAGGCCUCUCUGAACCGCUCCUGGAUCAAGACCUAUGAGGACAUCCUGGAUAACCUGGACACCAAGAGGUUCCAGGUGAUAGAUGCCAGACCGACGGGGAGGUUCAAAGGACUGGACCCUGAACCCAGAGACAACACAGAACCCGGCCACAUCCCUGGCUCCAUCAGCGUGCCCUUCCACUCCUUCCUGUCACCGUCAGGUCACUUCUUGCCCAAGGAGCAACUCCAGGCUUUGUUCGCCCGGGCAGGUGUGGACCUCAGUCACCCUCUUUGUGUCUUAUGUGGCUCUGCUGUGACUGCAUGUCACGUGGCGCUGGCGGCCCACGAGUGCGGGCACCAGGGAGUGUCAGUGUACGACGGCGGGUGGUCAGAGUGGUACACCCGUGCUGUGCCCGAACACGUCAUAUCUGAAGGACGAGGAAAACAUUUGUGAUUGGCUGAGAAGUACAUGAGAUUUGUUUGAUGGUUUAAGAAUGGAUCAGACUGGGACUGACUGACGUAAACAUUAAAAAACAAAGAGUUUUCCAAACACAGAUCACUAAGUAAUGUUUUUUCCAAACACAUAAUAGAUGACUCGACUGGAGAGCCAGCAAUAUGUGAACACUAAACUUGACUUUUAAACAGUUUUGAAACUGGAAAAGGUUUGUUUACAGCUGCAAUGCUUAUGUCUUAAUAAAACAGAGCUGCACCUUAAA